AAGGAUAAUGUCUCAGGAAGGCAAUUAUGGGAGGUGGACGAUAUCCAGUAGCGAUGAAAGUGAAGAAGAAAAGCCCAAACUGGACAAGCCAUCCUCCUCUUUUCUCCCCCAUGCUGGGCAGGGAGCAGCAAAUGAGCCACGCUACACCUGUUCCGAGGCUCGGAAAGCUGCCCACAGGAGGAAGCUAUCACCCGUGAAAUUCAGCAACACAGACUCGGCCUCAGAAGUUUUGCCUCCCAAAAGGCAGAAGAGUGGUUCCCAGGAAGACCUAGGUUGGUGUCUAUCCAGCAGCGAUGAUGAGCUGCAACAAGAAACACAGCAGAAGCAGGCGAAGAAAGUGGCAGUCAAAGAGGAGAAAGGCAUCUCUCCUCCCAGAGAUGCUGCUCCCCAAAGAACUGGAAAGCCUGGUCCUCCCACCAGCUUCAGGCUCAAAGAGGAGGAAGAUGAGUAUGAGACGUCAGGAGAAGGCCAAGACAUGUGGGACAUGUUGGAUAAAGGGAACCCCUUCCAAUUUUACCUCACUCGAGUCUCAGGAAUUAAGCCAAAGUAUAACUCCGGAGCCCUCCACAUCAAGGAUAUUUUAUCUCCUCUAUUCGGGACACUUGUUUCUUCAGCUCAGUUUAACUACUGCUUUGACGUCGACUGGCUUGUAAAACAGUAUCCACCGGAAUUCAGGAAGAAACCGAUCCUGCUUGUGCAUGGUGAUAAACGGGAAGCUAAGGCCCACUUACAUGCCCAGGCAAAGCCUUAUGAAAACAUUUCCCUCUGCCAGGCGAAGUUGGAUAUUGCAUUUGGAACACACCACACGAAAAUGAUGCUACUGCUAUAUGAAGAAGGCCUCCGGGUUGUCAUACACACCUCCAACCUCCUGCACGCUGACUGGCACCAGAAAACACAAGGAAUAUGGUUGAGCCCCUUGUACCCACGAAUUGUCCAUGGAACCCACAGCUCUGGAGAAUCAACAACACAUUUUAAAGCUGAUCUCAUCAGCUACUUGAUGGCUUAUAACGCUCCUUCUCUCAAGGAGUGGAUAGAUGUCAUCCAGGAGCAUGAUCUCUCUGAAACAAAUGUUUACCUCAUUGGAUCAACCCCAGGACGCUUUCAAGGAAGUCAAAAAGACAACUGGGGACAUUUUAGGCUUAGGAAGCUUCUGAAAGAACAUGCCUCCUCCAUACCCAAAGCAGAGUCUUGGCCGAUAGUAGGUCAGUUUUCAAGCAUUGGCUCCAUGGGGGCUGACGAAUCAAAAUGGUUGUGUUCUGAGUUCAAAGAGAGCUUGGUGACAUUGGGAAAGGAAAGCAAGACCCCAGGGAAAAGUGUCAGUCCCUUUCAUUUGAUCUAUCCUUCUGUGGAAAAUGUACGGACCAGCUUAGAAGGAUAUCCAGCUGGGGGCUCUCUGCCCUAUAGCAUCCAGACAGCAGAAAAACAGAAUUGGCUCCAUUCCUAUUUUCAUAAAUGGUCAGCUGAGACAUCUGGCCGCAGCAAUGCCAUGCCACAUAUUAAGACGUAUAUGAGGCCCUCUCCAGACUUCAGUCAAAUUGCUUGGUUCCUUGUCACAAGCGCAAAUCUGUCCAAGGCCGCCUGGGGAGCGUUAGAGAAAAACGGCACCCAGCUGAUGAUCCGCUCCUACGAGCUUGGGGUACUUUUCCUCCCUUCAGCGUUUGGCCUAGACAGCUUCAAAGUGAAACAGAAAUUCUUCUCGGACAACCAGGAGCCAACAGCCUCCUUUCCCGUGCCAUAUGAUCUGCCUCCAGAACUGUACGGAAGUAAAGAUCGGCCAUGGAUUUGGAACAUUCCUUAUAUCAAAGCACCAGAUACACACGGGAAUAUGUGGGUUCCCUCCUGAGAAUCUGAAGGCACUGUGAAACUCACGUGUAAGACAUUGAGCCACGAACAACGCAGGUUCUUGUUUGUGUUGGAUGCUCACUUCCCUUCAGGUUUUAUCUGAACCAUUGAGGAACUCUUGGCAAAGGUCACUCUUUUGAACGUGGAUGUUGAUUAUACUUUUAAUGGUCAUUAUUAAUAUUUCUCACUAAUAAAAAGAGAUAUUUUCUUAA